AUGGAAGGGACACCUUCUAAGGAUGGAGAGGCCGCAGAGACAGAGACUCCGAAACUUCAGAGAAAGAGAGGAAGCAACAAGGAGCUCCGACUACUGCUGGUAAGGACCGAGAUGGAGGAUACGAACCAGGGCGGACCAACCAGGGAAUCAACAAAGCCGGACAUGGCCACGGGGGCGAGGAGGAGCCUGAGGCCCAAGACGACAAGAGGUGCUGAUGUAAAGUAUCCUAAGGAAACAAGGAUCAGGGUCGUUGGCGGAGAAAUAGUAGACUCCCCAGUGGCUGAAAGCUCAGCGGGCACGCCUAUGGGGGACAUCGUACCGGCGAAAAAGAAGGGGACGAUUGACCUCACGGCUGUAACGAGUGACACGGGGGAUAGCGUCCCCAUUAGCAGAGGUACAAUGGAAUCUAUGUCGAUGACGGAAACAGAGAACACCGAGUCGUCGUUUGAGGAGAUACCACGCAAAGGCAAGAAGAGAGGACGCAAGCCUAAAGGAAGCAACGCGACAGGGUCUCGUGCGCUGUCGAAGAUUUCUUCCAAGCGCAUGGAAUUUGAAGAUGACGAAUGGGACAGAGAGGAUUUCUUCCAAAUAUCGAAGAAAACUGGGCACGGCAUGAAGAAGAGGAAAGGCUUAGUUGAGUGCCAACUCGAUGAUAGACUCUCCUCAAAGCAGAAAGAUGCGAUCGAAGAGGUGACGGAACUUUUCCCUCAAAUGUCCCCUAAAUCUAUAAUGGUGGAAACAUUGAGGGUAUUAGACAUGGCGGGAGAAGCGGAGAGAAGGACGCAGACCAUGAAGGGGGAUCUGCGUCGACAAAUGAAAGUAGGGGUAAACGUGGCAAAGAUCGCCAUACAGCGACUCGCCUCGGACAUCGUCAAAAGUGCGGGACCCGUGGAUGAGGUGAGAUCCAUCAACCUCGCCCUAGAGAGAGAAGUCCUGAAGCUGAGAAGAGAAAUGGACAUUUUGAGAAGGGAGAAAACCGCUCUAAAGGACCAGGUGGAGACUCUCACUCGAACUGUUCAAGGUCUCAGGGAGAAGGAAGAGCGCGGAAGACCUGGACGCGAAAGAGUAAGUCCCUCGCAGCUAGAGGAGGAAGUAGCUGACGAAUUCCCGGCAUCGAGGACGCGGAAGAAGAAAAAUCAAGAACCGGUCCAAACCGAGACGAACGAGACGAGUGAGGCCCCCCUACCCCCGGUGUAUAGGCCGAUGCUAGGAGGCGUCCAAAAAAGGAUGGAAGAGAGACCGAAAGUGCGCACGAGCGUGGAUGUCACUGGUAGAAUCGUGACGAGUGCGAGUGAGAGAACUCAUGAGGAGCAAAGGAGCAGGAGUAGGGCGGUAAGAGCGGGUGAAACGCAUAGGAGAGACAUCUCGCUAUCCCCAGCACGAGAUUAUCUGGUUGAAGGGGAACCGUGGACGAAGGCCAAAAGUAAGAAGGCAUUGAAAAGGGCUAGGAGGAAAGAGAGAGGGAAGACAGCCUCGGAAACAGACGGUCGGCGGGAAGCGGCGUCGGAAAGAGCUGCCCGCCCCUCGAGGGACAAAAACCUAAACAGGACGGCGAAGGCAGCGGCCGGGGAAGUCCCAGAAGGACGAACUGGAGCUGUAACCCGGACUGCAAGGAAAAUACCGGUGCGACCGGCGGGGAGGGACCCGCGAUUCCGAGCCCACAGGACUGCAGCGGUACUGCUGAGAUGCGAGGAGGCAGGAGGGAAUUCCGCGCCGACGUACGCAGACGUCAUGAGGAUGGCGAGGGAUAAGAUAUCCUUGGAGGAGUUGGAGAUAUCCAACACUCGGAUACGCAAGGCCCAGACUGGGGGAUUGCUUAUCGAAAUCCCGAGCGGAGAAGAGGCUGGUGCGAAGGCGGAGGCGCUCGUCGACCGCUUAAAAACGGUUAUCGCUGAGAGCGAGUUUGGAAAGAAGGUGAGCGUGAUUCGCCCCGUGCAGCGAGCUGAGGUCAGGUUGAUCGACGUGGACCAGUCAGCCACGGUGGAGGAGGUGAUUGCGGCGGUGUCCGAGUGCGGUAAAGUGCCCGUCACAAGCAUAAGAGCAGGCCCAUCUAGGCAGGGCAGGGGUGGAUUGAACACCAUAUGGGUACAGUGCCCGCUAUCGGGAGCGAACUUGCUGCUCAGCAGCGGCAAGCUGAGAGUCGGAUGGACGAUGGCGAAGGUUGUCCCACUAGCAAAGAGGAGGCUGCAGUGCUUCCGGUGUCUGGCGGUGGGACAUACCAGAACCAACUGCUUAAGGGGAUGCUGA